UAUUAGUAUAGAAUGAACACUCACACAAUUACUUACCCAAAACCCCUAGUUCGCAUAUUGCAACAUUCAAGAACAGAUUCCUCGAGUGUUUCGUCAACCUAAUCUUACGAAUCUCAUUUUACAGAUAUCGAAAGGCCUGAAAAUCCUAUGAUAAAGAAUUUCGUGGACAAUCAAGAAGAUGAUCUUGACAGCUUCUUUGAUCAACUAGAAUGAUAAAACCUUCUCUUAUGAUUUGUCUUAUUUUGUGUAAUACAUUAACUGAAUAAAUAUUUAAUUACACUAUAAGUGUAUUUGAUC